AUGGAAAACAAACAAAUCAAAGACCAUCAGAUUACCGCAUCUUCAGAACUUUAUGACGCGAAAUACCGCGACUGUUGCACAGCUGCCAAUGGCAGAGCGAACGCAACUAUAUUCUUACGCCAUAGUGCAUGGAUAGCACUAUUGACAGAUCAAGAUAUGUGGUUUGAAGUGGAUUUCGUAUAUAAUACAACUGUGAAAGAAAUAAUGACUCAAGGAAGGCAACAUUACGAUCAUUGGGUGAAAUUCUACAAAGUCACAUACAGAAACGAAACUGACGCCAAAUUCCAUACGUAUGGAAUGGGUGAUGGCUUCAGGGACAAGGUAUACGUAUAA